AUGCUUGGCACUAAGCAGAAUUUUCUGGUUGAGCCUUUCGGCCCUUCUGUGUCGGUGGAUGAUGGCAUUCUUUCCAGGGCUUGGGUUGCCAGGAAGGAUCCUACGCCCUCCCCUUCGAAGGUCGUGCUGAAACUGAGGCACUCAGACUGGCAUGUUUUGGAGGACUCCAUUGGUGUCCUGAAGUUCAUUCAGGGCCAGGUCUUGCAGACAGAACCUGACUUCCUUUUGGACUGCACUGCCACACACACAGCAAUUGUCAGUACGGCUGCUCUUUCGCAGGGUACUUGCAUCAGUUUGGUCGAGUUGUUCUCAGGGGGCUUUGCAGGAUGGUCUCAGGCUGCCUAUGUUCUUCAUCGCGCAAAGGUACCAAUACAUGUCUCAUGGACACUCGACGUUGCGGCCGAAUGUGAGCCUAUGCUUCAAGUGCAGUGUCCUGAGUUGCACUGUGUCUCUGCACCGGGGGAUCUUGCUGAGAUACUGUCUGACACGCCUGAGCAAGUGCAUUUAUGUGCAAACAUUGAACAUGAUUGGUGGUUGUCGGCCUUCUCCAGUCGUCCGGCUCACAUUGUCACGCUCUCCCCUCCUUGUCAGCCUUGGAGUGAGGCAGCUGCAGGGCCAGGCCUGGCCUCGAGUGAUGGCCAGUUGAUGUUAAGGGCCGCCGAUGUCCUAGGGGCCAUUGAGACUCCAGUUGUGCUUCUGGAACAGGUCGCAGGAUUCGCUCGGCACCCACAUGCUGAUAUUGUGAUUCGGGCAUGGCAGGAAGUCGGAUACGUAGUUCACUGGCGGGCAAUGCUAGAUUUGCUGGAUGUGCUUCCCAGCUCACGCCAACGCAUAAUCUAUGUGCUGCGUCACCGGCGCUGUCAUGGGCCCUCGCCCCUGCAGGGACACCGUUGGGCUCAGGUCUGUCGGCACAAUCUUGCCACGGCCCAGGUCCUGAUGGAUCUCCCGGUUGAUAUGCUUCAGCCCCUCAUCCUUAGCCAGGAGCUCGAACAGAUCUACUUUGAUCCCUGGUUCUUGCCUCCCACACGCAGUGGCUCUGUGCAUCGCCAGUCACCCAAACAGUUUCGAGUCCGCACUGCUGCACAUUCCGCGGGCUGCUUCCUUGCCCAGUACCAGUUUCAGCAUGAAUUGUCUGAGCACCAGUUGUCCUCUAAAGGGCUGCUGGGUUUCUUGCUGCUACACCAAGGCGUUGUCAGAUUCUUCUCCGGGGCUGAGGUUGCGGCCAUUCACGGUGCUGUUAAACCAAUCUUGCUUGAGCAGGAUCGCCGCUGCCAGAUGAAACUUUUGGGCAAUGCUAUUGCUGUGCCGCAGGCUGUGGCAGGGCUCUCCUUUGCUUGCCAGGCUCUUGGAGUUACCGGCGUUCCUGAACCCGCGGCCGCUGUGGCCUUGAGUCUACGAGAAAGGAUUACGAAUACCAAUGCACUCUUUUUGCCGGUGGGAUCGGACUGGGUCCUUUGCCGCAAGGAUCAGGUUGAGUCGGUUCUGGGUAGUGCGGUCUUCCGGGCGAAAGGUACUGCCUUCCCCACCGCACCUUCUGAUUUGGUUCCCCUGACCUUCCAUUGCGCUCAGGAGCAGGUUGUUAUACAUGCACCGGCGGGGCUGCCGGCCUUGCGAGUCUUUCGCCACUUGGGCAUUGCGCAUGUGGCCGCCUCCUUGCCCGACCACCAAUUUGACCGACUGGAGCCAAUCGACCUGCAGGUCGACCAAUUGCCUGCCCUUGGAUUGUAUGGGUUCCAGACUGACAAUCCUCAUCCGGACGGACUGUGCACGGUCCUUGCCUCCUCAGGUGCUUAUGUCAUUGAUACAAAAUCCCCCCGGAUGUGGCCGCAGCUCCUUAAUAUCUUUGACUCCCUUAGUGCUACUGAGGAAGACCUGCAGUGCUGGAGCCUUGAAGGCAGGAAACUCCAAUUUGCUGAGGAUUUCGGGCAGUGUAUGAUUGCCACAACCAUUGAUAGGGACGCGCCUGAGCUUCCCAUGAGCCUCCUUGGGCCCAUGCUUGGCCGAUUGCGCACAUCACAACUUGAGGAUGGGGUCAACAUUAGAUGCCCGGUGCCGGAUGCCACUGCUCUGUGGUUGGGUUUCCCUUUCCACCUCGUCCUCGCAUUAGGAUGGGACACGCGUGUGCUGCACUUUCCUCCUGAGCCACCGACGCCAAUGACACUCAGCCUGCAGCCUGUUGAGUCCAGAAUCCACUUGCAACCGUCGUUGCUGCCCUACCAGCUGCGACAUUGGUUCCUACGUGCAAGCCUGCAGGCCCUUGCCAACCCUGAUGUCCAGGGGCCAAGUAUCGAUGUCGAAAUACAGGUUGAAACUAGGACAAUCUGGUGCGGCUCGUUGCCGGCACAGCUCACUGUACAUGGCCUUGAGCAGAUGUGGCAAGCAGCCUCGGGUGCUGCUGGUAUUGUCCCAGGGGUUCGUGUUUUCUCCGGGCCUCACCCGUUGCAGUUGCACUUGAGCCUGGAGGACAUUAAAGAAAAGGCCUCUCUUCGUGUGAUGCGCCGAACAGGCCGCCUGUUGAUGACCUUCCAUCCACAUUGCGCAGGCGGCGGUGCCAAGGACGAGGGCAAACACUGGGCGCAGACCAAAGCUGCUUCUCUCUGCCUCUCCCAGGGGUUUGAUCUUCGCACUACCACUGCAUAUGUUGAUGCAAUUUCCCAGAAAGGCAGCGCUAACCGCAUCCUCCAAGCUUUGCAGGCUACCUCUGAGGACUCACGAUGGGCGCAGCUUUCGGCGUAUGCCAGGGAACUUGACAUUACUGUGCCUCAGCCUACUAGCCUGGUUGCCAGGGCCGAAGCUCGGGCACGUCGCAACCAGACAAAACGUAAACCUGGAAUCAUGCCGGUACCAAAGGCCUCUGAGGUCAGUGUUAGCCCCGGGUUUUUCGUCAACGAAGAUGGCACUGAUGCUCAGGUCCUUUCAAACAUCCGCCCUGGUGCCACAGGUGUAUGGUUGGUUGAUGGUGACCAAGCGGCCGACGCUCUCAACACAUUGACCGGAGUGCAGCCCGAUGAACUUGGGGUUUUAGUGCUAGGCCAUGUCUGCCCAGACCCGGCUAACUGCUCCAAGCGCCUGUCGUUCCCUGCCAGCAGUCGCAGUGGUGGUUCAAAGUUGCUCCUGGCUGGAUGCCUCCACAACGUUGGCGGCAAAGCUAUCGGCACCUCCAAGCAAGCUGACUACAAGGUCGAUCUUCCGGACAUUUUGUGCUGCACCUUCGUUGCCUAUUCCGAUGAGUUUUCUCCUGAUAGAUGGUCCCAGCUUGUGCAGUCGCCGGUUCGAUGCAUGCUUGCUGCCUUUGAGGAAACACAGACUGCUAAAGCAGUCACUGCGCCUUGGGGCCGUAUCUUUAAGGCCAGCGGAAAGCCUUCACCGCCGAACCUUGCUGAUCAGGUCAGCUUUCAGGCGCGUGUUACUGCUCAGGAGUGCGAUCAGCUGCUCCUUGCCAGCGGCCACAACAGCAUUUACAUUACCCCUCGCAAGCUUGAUCACAGCCUGGUUUCAGGGUACGCCAUCAUUUGGCUUGGCCCAUCACGCCCUGAAGCACUGAAGGCCGCAUUGCAAAUUCAAGAUCAACGUGGGCUCGUACGUGCCAAAGGCCGGUUCGGCCUCAGGGUCCCGGAAGCACGACAUGAUGCUAUUUAUGCUCAGUUGCGUCCUGGUCAGCCGGUCCCAGCCAAAAUUGCAGUGAGCUCCCUGUUUCGCAUAGGGCCUAUCCCGACUGAGGCUGAUGCCAGCGCCCUGUGCACGCGGGCCAAUAAGUUCGGCUGGCCCAUUCGGGCCAUUAAAGCACUUGGACCGUGCCAUUGGUUGAUAGGCAGCGCGAAACAUCCACCACUUGCCUGGCCUCUUUUCAACGGCCAAACGGUGUUGAUCAACCCAGUCCAGCAGCGGGCUCCAACUGCACCCAUUGUGCAAUCCGGCACUUUUGCGCCCAGCCAUGCUUCAGCGAGUACGCCGAGCCAUGCUAAGGUCACCGGCCCUCCGACACAUGAGCACCCGUGGCUCCUCUCUGAUCCUUGGAGUGCUGCACAGUCGCAGGCCUCUACCCCUGCCAGGACAGUGUCAUCGACCCUCUCCGCUCCCAGUCCUGCUGUUGCCAGGUCCGUCACUGGCCCAACUGAGCAGCGUUUUCAGCAACAAGAUGCCAGGAUCCAAGCACUCGAGCAGGGCCUCCGAGACCUCCGGUUGCAACAUGAACAAAGCCACGACGAGCUCAUCCAGCAGCAAGCCGCUGACCGAGAAGCCACGCAACGGACCACCACGGGCCUGCAGGAGCAAAUCUCCUCUGUUGGCACGGACCUUACACGUCAGCUGCAGGCCUCUUCUGAUGCAUUGCAACAGGCACAGACUCUGCAACAGCUCCAGAUGCAGUCGUCCUUAGAUGAGCUCAAGGCCCUCUUUCUUGAAAACCGUGAGGUGCGUGCUGGAAAGAAGGCCAAGAAAGAUACUGAAAAUGAUGAAAACCUGUACUUGUAUGCUCGGCAAGUUGGGGCGGUACUCUUCAACCCUCGGUUCGAGGGUGCCAAGGGUGAUAUGGCCUGGCGGCACUGUGGCCGCCCAGUUGCUGCAAUCCGAGCCCUGAGCACAGGGGUUGUCGCCCGGGCUCCCAUUGCCUUCUCAAUUUCAGUUUUUUGCGGCCGGCCUUUUGCCUGCCCCACAGUGUCCCAUUUGCCGGGUGCUGGGGAUUGUAUCCUGCAUCUUGGCACUGUGCUUUUGCCGAGGAUUGUCUUCCGUCGUGUCCGCAACCACGACCAUUUGAAAGGUUGUCGUGUAGGAGAGGCAGCCAAUCCAGGCCCUCUCUGCCAGCAGUCGUUGACUUCCCUGUGGGGCGCCCCUUCGUCCCCACUGCGCCCUCAUGCUGCUACGCCAGGUGCGUCCCCGCCUUCAGGCCCUGCACCGCCUUCGAACACAUCUGAGGCUUCUGUGACCGAGCCCGUUGCUGGCUUCACACCCCUGCGCCUUGCAGUGGUGAAUCCCACUGCCAUACUCAACAAGGACCGAGACCUUCUUGCCAUGCAACAGGACGUCCUUGUGCUUUCGGAAACUUCAGCCACUGAACGGGCUCAGCGAGUGUUUUCUUCCAAGGUCCGCCCACACGGUUACCAUAUGGUCUGGAGUAAGCCUGUGGCUCCACAUGUAUCUGCCCGGGCGGAUACCACGUCUCUGCGAGGCCAUGCUGCCGGUGUUGCCCUCCUCUCGAACAAGCCUGCCCGCACGGCCUUUGCACCGUUGCCUGCAACAGUGAAAGAGUCCUCCAGGCUGCUUGAAGCACAUUUGCGGAUUGGCCAGUCUGAGCUGCGCAUCUUUGUCAUGUAUGGUUACCCUGCCAAUUACCAUGAUUCGGGGGCCCGUAAUGGCCAGCUGUUACGGACUGUACUGUCUAGGGUGCAGUCUUGCCGCAUACCGGCCAUUAUUGGAGGUGAUUUCAAUACUCCUGUUUGCGCUGCGCCGGAGUUCGCGGAGCUCCAGCACUUGGGGUACGUUGAGGCGUUUCAGCAUUGGCAACAACGCGAGGGCAUUGAGCUUCCACCUACUUGCAAAAAUGCAACCCGCAAUGAUACACUGCUCAUUCCCGCGGAAUUGCUGCCGUGUCUUCACAGCCUCCAAGUGGCGCGGGACCUGCACGCCUUUGAUGCGCAUGCGCCACUCCUUGCGGAGUUUCGCCUACCAGGUAUUACCACUGGCCCACGUGGUUGGCGCAUGCCAAGGACUUGGGCCCCCCUGCUGCCCGACACUGCGGAUCUGGAAGCUGCUUACGUUGCGGUCAGGCCCCGGCUCGCUGCCCAACUGGAUUCCUGCCAGACAACUGAUGAUCUUGAUCAUGCCUUUCAGUCUUGGGCUGAUAACGUUGAGACUUCCGUUGAUACUACUCUUCGGAAAUGUCAUGCCAGCGACCCGCUCGACUGCCCCGUUGGCCGCCUGCCACGGGCAGCCCGCGGACGUUGCCGAUAUCGGCCCCUGCAAUGUAAGGCUAUGCCUCGAUCCGCCCCGGCCGCCCGAACUGGGGAUUACCAACCUCCUGAGGAGGCUGUUACGGUUGUUUCCCGUGCCAAGGUCAAGCAGGUACGCCGUCUGCAAACCUUUCUGCAUGGUCUCCUCAAGCUUGCUGCCCGGCCCACCUCUGCAACAGAACUUCAGCUGCAACUCCGGCAGGAAUGGCACGCCAUUUCUAAGGCUCGUGGCUAUGCACCUUCAUUUGCACUCUGGCUUCUCAAAUGCCCGGCGUUUGUCAGCUACUGGCGGGAUCUACCACCAAUCGAGUGGACCAGGGAUGUUUUGCAGUAUGUCCAGUUUGACGCAGACGCAACCGUGCGUCAAGAGGCCGCCUACCGGGCCAAACUUGCAAGGUUACAGGUGCACCAGGAUGCCCAGCACUGUCACUCCCGUGGAGGGUUCAAGAACCUCCGGCCUCACCCUCGGCCGCCGUUUACCAGCAUCCCACACUGUGAAAAUCAGAAAGCUGAGCUUGUUCGAAUGGACUCGCCCUUCGUUGGCCUUUACCGGGUCCCUCUGCCCGACUUCGUGCGCAUUGGCCCUCCCACCUUCUUUGAGGAUACCGCGGUGCAGGUCAUUGGCAAGGUUGUCACUCCAACUGACGAUUGCUUCUUGCAAGUGAGGGUUGACGCCGAGGUUGGCCCCGCGCAGACUCGACUCAUCCAGCAUUCUUGUGCAAGCACACCGCGGGAGCUCCAAAGGGUUUUCGUUGAGUAUUGGAGCGCCAUUUGGCUGCGCGAUAAGGGGGACGUCCGUACUGAUCCCAAUCGGUGGCGUACCUUCUUGUCUUCCCUGCCUGAUGCUCCAGAAACGGCCCGGGAGCUGCAUAUUGACCUCAGCGAUGGCCGCCUCUGGCAAAAACAGAUCCGCCGUCUGCGUAACGGCCGGGCCACGGGAUAUUGCGGUUUCAGCCCGGAGGAACUCAAGCGUCUCCCUCCCACAGCUGUGGAUGAUCUGGCCUGCCUAUUUAAGAAAAUUUCUAGCUGUGGAUUCCCGCGACAUCUCGCUCAGGCCACGGUACACGUGUUGGCCAAAGUGGACACACCGCAGAACAUUGGUCAAGGGCGGCCAAUCACAGUCUAUGCGACCAUCUACAGAUUGUGGGCUAGCGUUGCGGCCAAAGCCAUCUUGCGCCACUGGGCCACGUGGCUGCCAGCAAGUGUGCGUGGGUGCGUGCCCGGCAGGGGCGCACGUGAAGUGUCGCUUGCAAUUGAAAUUAUGAUUGAAGAAAGUUUGCUUCACGGGCGGCCACUAGGAGGGUUCUCGUUGGAUGUCGUCAAACGCUUCAACCAACUUCCGCGUCUCCCCCUGCGGCACCUGCUCGGUCAUCUCGGCGUGCCCGCUGACAUACUUGAAAUCUGGUUUCAAUUCUUGGAUGUUAAUACACGCUUCGUGUGCUUUCAUGGCCAACUGGGGCCACCGACUCCAAGUACUACUGGCAUGCCGGAGGGUGAUCCCCUGUCGGUCGUGGCCCAAAUUGCUGUGUGCUGGGCACUUGUGGCACGUCCGCUGCCGCCAAGCUGCACUCCCUGGACAUAUGUUGAUAACCUGUCUUGGCUUGCUGACAAUGGACCCGACCUGCGGUUCCUGCUUGAAGAUGCGGUUGCCUUCUGUCAGUCGCUGUGCCUCCCAAUCGAUUGGGGCAAAUCCUUUUGCUGGGGCACAACUCCUGCACUCCGCAAGUUCUGGAAGGGUCUGGGCCUACCGGCUUCACCCCCCUUCGGCCAGUUGAAACUUGUGAAAGAUGCGAAGGACCUUGGUGUGCACUUUCGGUUUAGCCGUAACCAGGGUUUGGGUACUGCCGCAGCUCGCCUCUCGGACGGCCUCAAACGUUUGUCCAACCUGCAACGGCAGCACAGGCCGUUACUUGAUGCGGCGCACUUGAUCCAGUCUGGAGUUUGGCCUGCGGCCCUUUACGGCAUGGAAGGCCAUGUACCGCCCGCUGCCAAGUUGGAUCAGCUGCGAUCGGCAGCCGCUAAAGCCAUGCUCGGCGACCGUUCUAGCAUGUCGCCCCAUCUUGCUCUCUGCUGCCUGACGCCACAGGUCUCCGACCCUGCAGUCUUUCUCUUAAACCAGUGCCUUCAGGCACUCCGACGCCUACUGAUUGUUCUGCCGGAGUUAGGGGAGCGGUGGUUGCAGUGCUCCUGUGCGCUUGCCCACCAGGACCAUCGGGUAAUUGGACCUGCCACUGCCCUGGCGAAAAUGCUGCGUGACCAUCAGUGGACCAUUCAGUCCUCGGGGGUCCUAAAGGGUCCUGGCCACUGGCACAUUCACAUUCGGUUACUUCUGCAUCGGCCAUCCGGCGAGCUUGCCAGGGUGCCUGGCUUGAGGACCUUGAGGGCCGCGUUGGUCAUCGAAAUGGCUUAG